AUGGCUUCACCGACAACCGACGGCAAGAAGGAGAGCUCGCACCACCACCAUCACCACGCCUCCUACAACGCGAUCCGCGGAAACCUCGAGCGCGCGCUGCGCGGAAGCAUCGAGCGGAUGCGCGGGGCGCGGGGGAGCAUCGAGCGCAACGCGACCGCCGUCGGCGGAAACCUCGAGCGUGCCAUCCGCAUUGCGCGCGGAAACCGCCAAUUGCCCGCCUACCUCCUCUUCCUUGUCGCGCUGAUUUCCCUAUCGCGCCCUCCUUUCUCCCAUCCCUGCUCCCAUCCCUGUCCCCCUCCUCUACCCCCUUCCCCUGCCCCCUCCAUGUUCCCCUCCCUGUUCCCCUCCCUGUUCCCCUCCCUGUUCCCCUCCCUGUUCCCCUCCCUGUUCCCCUCCCUGUUCCCCUCCCUGUUCCCCUCCCUGUUCCCCUCCCUGUUCCCCUCCCUGUUCCCCUCCCUGUUCCCCUCCCUGUUCCCCUCCCUGUUCCCCUCCCUGUUCCCCUCCCUGUUCCCCUCCCUGUUCCCCUCCCUGUUCCCCUCCCUGUUCCCCUCCCUGUUCCCCUCCCUGUUCCCCUCCCUGUUCCCCUCCCCUGACCCCCUCACUACCCCUCCUGCUUCCUUCUCUGCUCCUCUUCUGCUUCCUUUCCUGCCCCCCUUCCUGCCUCCAUCCCCUGCCCCCUUCCCGAUCCCUUCCUGCCCCUUCCCAAUCCCUUCCUGCCCCUCCCGAUCCCUUCCUGCCCCUCCCGAUCCCUUCCUGCCCCUCCCAAUCCCUUCCUGCCCCUCCCGAUCCCUUCCUCCCCCUCCUGAUCCCUUCUUGCCCCUCCUGCCCCCUUGCCUUGCCCUCUCCUCUCCCUGCUAUAUCUAUUCCUCCACAUCCCUCCUCUUUCCCCAGCCACCUCCCCUUCACGCCGCUACAGGGCUUCAGAGCAGCAACCCCGUCCGUCCCCAUCCCUCCAUUCUCUGCGUUCCCAUCUCUUCCUUUCCUUCCCCACCCACCCUCCCUCCCCCAGCCAUCUCCCCUUCACGCCGCCACAGGGCUUCAGGGCAGCCGCCCCGUCCGCUCAUCUCGCCACUCUCAUCGCUCCCAAGCUCGAGCCAGCAGCAGCGCUGGCAGAGGGGGAGAGGAGGGGAAGGAGGGAGAAGAGGGAGAGUCUUGAUUCUACCCCCUCAUUGCUCCCAUCCGUCCUCUCCUGCCUUCCUCCCUCCUUCCCUUCCCCCGCUCCUCCCCCACCUUCUCCUACCCCAGCCACCUUCCCUUCACUCCCUUGCAGGCCUUCAGGGCAGCCGCCCCGUCCGCCCAUCUCGCCACUCUCAUCGCUCCCAAGCUCGAGCCAGCAGCAGCGCUGGCAGAGGGGGAGAGGAGGGAAAGGAGGGAGAAGAGGGAGACCACCUUCCCUUCACUCCCUUGCAGGCCUUCAGAUCAGUCGCCCCAUCGGCCCAUCUCGCCACUCUCAUCGCUCCCAAGCUCGAGCCAGCAGCAGCGCUGGCAGAGGGGGAGCGGAGGGACGUGCAACUGAUCAUUCGGAAUCUCACUUCCUCUACGGAUUUCGGGUUCGCCUCCUGCGAUGCACCUGAGGGGGCGCAUGGGAUGGCAUGGGUGGUGGUGGCAGCAGCACUGGCAGAGGGAGAGGAGGGAUGUGCAGCCGAUAAUUCGAAAUCUCAUUGCUUCUAA